UGCCUUCUUAUUCUUUAACCAAAUUCUGCAGUGUUCUUAUUCUUUGAAAAAUCUACUACAAAACCAACGCAAACGAAUAGCAGAGUACAGAGAGCGAGCAAAAUCUGUACCGAACCAUCUCUUUCAAAUGUUCAGAACCAUCUCUCAAUUACACAUACGAGCUCCUCUCAGGUGUCUCCCUAAAACCCUAACCCACUUCACCCAACCCUCCUUGUCUUCCUGCUCAAAUCACGCGCCGAUCAAGGUUUCCGUCGAACCAUCACAUUCGAUCCCUCCAAAAGUUCUAUCUCCCUCGAUUUCAAUUCUCUCUUCGCCAUUCUCGCUUUCAUCGCUGCGACAGAGACAUCAUGACGCACACGCCCAUGAGUUCAACAGAGACCCCGAAAGCCAUCCCAAGCUGUUCGUGGUCCAGCCGCGUCUGCGGCCCGACACCCUUUUGCGGACGAAGCUUGACGAAGCUCUAAACUUGGCCAAUUCGCUCGAGGAACAGCGAGAUGGCUACUUCGAUACUGAGCUUUGCGACAAAGGGUUGCCCCCACAUAUUGUUGUUCAAAACCCUGCUGCCAAAUCGCCUCGCGCAGACACAUAUUUUGGACCAGGGACCGUGGAAACAAUUAAAUGUCAUCUAGAUACCAUAGAAUCAGAGGGCGGGUUGGAUGCUGUAUUUGUGAAUGCAAUUUUGACCAGGAUUCAGCAACGGAAUUUAGAGCGGGCUUGGGAGAAACCUGUUUUGGACCGUGUGGGUCUCAUAAUAAAGAUUUUUUAUGCUCAUGCCUAUACAAAGGAAGCGAGGCUACAGGCUCAGUUGGCAGCUCUGACGUAUAAGAUGAGUAGGCUUGUCCGUGUACGUAGUUCUGAUGGAAGUUUUGCUUUUGGAGACGCUGAAGUUGUCAGUGCCCGAGGGAGAGGAAGUGGGGGGCGUGGUUUUAUUAGUGGUGCUGGUGAAACUGAACUUCAGCUGCAACGACGAAGAAUUGAUGAACGAAAGAAACUGUUACUGUCUGAAAUAAACGAGGUCCGUCGUACCCGGGCUUUGCAACGUGCUGCUCGCAAGAGGCAUGGAGGCUCAUAUCAUCAAGGCAUGCCCACUGUUGCUGUUGUUGGGUACACAAAUGCUGGGAAAUCUACGCUAGUCAGUGAGCUUUCAGCGAGUGAUCUGUAUAGUGAUGAUCGAUUGUUUGCAACAGUUGAUCCUAAAAUAAGAAGUGUUAUUCUUCCAUCAGGGAGGAAAGUGCUUCUUAGUGAUACUGUGGGCUUUAUAUCAGAUUUGCCUGUGCUGUUAGUGGAAUCAUUUCAUGCAACCUUGGAAGAAGUGGUGGAAGCUGACCUCCUUGUGCAUGUCCUGGACUCCAGUGCACCCAACCUUGACGAGCAACGGGAUACCGUAUUGCAAGUUCUCAAGGACAUGAAAGUGUCAGAGGAGAAGAUUCAGAAUAUGAUUGAAGUUUGGAACAAGAUUGAUCUUCAAGAAGAGGAAAUGGGAAGUGAUAAAAAUCUAGAUGAUGAAGAGGAUGAACUCGGCAGUUUCUCAGGGAAAGAAGUUGAUGAUGUGGCAUCUGAGCAAUUGUCUGAAGAGGGCGCUGAUGAUUAUUAUGACGAUAUUGCGUCUGAUGGGACCGUCGAUGACCAACAGGGUGAUUACUCUGAUGGCUGGCUCUCAUCAGUAGAUGGGCAAGAAGCUAUCAAUGAGGACGGUCAAUUUAUGGGAUGGGAAACUCCAUGUGACCAACAAAGUGAGUUGUCUAAUGACUGCAGGAAGAUUGGAAAAGAUUCCUGUUCUCAAGCUCAAUCUGUUCCACAUGUCAAAAUAUCUGCCAUAAUGGGAGUUGGCUUGCAAGAAUUGCUGGAGCUCAUUGAUGCAAAGCUUCCUCUCGAGACCCACAAUGUUGUGGAAAGGAGUAUAUUUGAUAGCAAAUGGAGGCCGCCUCGUACUGAAGAUACUGGCAUAGCAGUUGAAUAGUAGCGGUCCAUUUUAUGAACGAAGUUGGUAGUACUUGUUUCAUAUGCUGCUACAAAUGGAUUUAAGGGGCUCUGGGCAAGUGACGAACAACUUCAGACAACUUCUCUUCCUUUGCUUCAGAGGAGAAUGAUUAUCGAUAGAACCUUAAAAUUGUCUUGAAGUGAGAUUUCUCACUUCUACUAGGUAUUCUUCUAUGUAUUGGAUCACACUAAUCACUGAGAUUCUGGAUUUUCUUUCCUAUAAUCAUUAGUGAUAUGCUUGUAUUUUAUGGAUUA